GAUCUCGGGUCAACAACUUUUACUCGAGCUGCGUAGGAGCUACUCUGGAUGCUGGUUAUUGUCGUAGUUAAAGUGUCCGGUCAGGCACAAUCCGUUUAGAAUAUAUAUAUAUAUAUAUAAAAAACUACAUUUUCACUCAGCCUGUUGUGGGACAGAAGGCAGCAGUGAAGAGCUCACACUGGUCAUGGCAAAGAAGUCAACUCCAGGCUGGUUUGGAGUUUUUCUCUCUACAACGACCAUAGCCAUUAUUGUGGUGGGGAGUCCGGUCAGCGCUCAGCAUUCCCGGGGCCGGUUCAACCGUCCCACCAGGACCUCUGAGCCUCUUGUGACACCUGCCCGUGUCUCAAGGGUUUAUCUGAGCCCGGAUCAGCUCAGACGGCUGCACUUCAAGCCCACCAUAGGCUCCAUCCAGCUGUCAGAGGGCCAUGAGGCCAAAUUCAACUGCUCCAUCGACAUCCCUGAUGCCAGGCUGGAGCCCACCAUCAUCUGGGUGAAGAACGGCCAGGACCUGGCGGGAAACAUACAGGUGGUGAUCAAUGAUCUCCAGACCAUCACAGAUGGGGUCAUAACUCUCCUAUCCACUGUCAGCAUUAUCCAUGUGCAGCGAGUGGAUGCUGGGGAUUAUCGCUGCAGACUGAAUAUCGGCAACACAAUGGUUCAGUCUCAGCCAAUCACCAUCAUGGUGGAAGGUCUACCGACAUUUCUCUCUCAACCAGAGGACAGCAACGUCACAAGAAACACACCUUUCACGCUGUCAUGUGAGGCGGUAGGACCUCCAGACCCUGUUAAAAUCCGCUGGCUCCGUGAUGGAUUACCUGAUAGUGACUUUCAUAACUCUCCCAGCAGCUACUCCGUGGCAGGUGUGCACAAGUACACUCAGUUCAGCUGUGAAGCUUACAACACGAAGGGUGUCAGCACCUCCAGAGAAGCAAAUAUCAACAUCAAAGUACUUCCCGACCCUGUGUCUAAUUUUACUGUGAUGGAGAGGCAGUCCAAUAAGUUGAUGUUGAGCUGGAGCCCCGGACAUGAUGGUUUCUCUCCAAUAACUAAAUGCCAUAUCAGGGUUAAAGAGGUGAGUCAGAGGAAAGGGGAGGUGAUGACCACCAGGUUCAUCAACGUCACAGUGCCGCCUUUCCAGUGCAUAGUCCCCGGGCUGCAGGCUAUGACGUGGUACAACAUGAGUGUUUCCUGCAACAAUGAGGUGGGAGCCUCUCCUGUCACCAUGUGGAUCCAGAGCAACACCACAGAGGGAGUGCCAUCAGUUUAUCCCCGAAAUGUCACAGCACAGCUGAAUGAGUCUUGGCUGGUUAUCAGGUGGAAACCUCCCCCAUAUGAUAAGAUAAAUGGCAUCCUGCGUGGUUAUGAAGUUACUGUCAAACAUGGCACACAAGUAAACAAGAUCCACAGUGACACCACCGUGGCCUUUGUAAAUGUGCAGGAAUUCAACACAACCUACAGUGUGGAGGUGGCUGCAUGCACACAGGCAGGGAGCGGCAUGGUCAGCCCACCAGUCUGGCUGUUUGUGCCAGAGGACAAGUCAGUGGCGUCCCCAUCGUCCGGCCCUGACACCAUGGGUCCAGACUCUGUCUAUGUUGUGCUGGCCGUGGUGUGUGUCGUCUGUCUUCUGCUGCUUCUCCUCUGGGGGGGUAUCUGUCUACACAACAGGUCUUCUGACUCUUUGUUUGGGCGGUUAUUUGGAGGUGCAGAAAAGGUGCAGCCUUUCGUGCAGUACAAACCCGAGAGAUCCUACAACCGAUCAGCCAUAGGAAUCACACUUGAGAACCUUGGUGUUAGUGAUGAACUCCAGGCCAAACUUCAGGACAUGAUGGUCAUGAGGAACUUGCUCUCCAUAGGAAAGAUUCUUGGAGAGGGUGAAUUUGGCUCCGUGGUGGAGGGACAUUUACGACAACCAGACGGAACAUCAGAAAAAGUUGCUGUGAAGACAAUGAAACUGGAUAGCUUCUCUCAAAGGGAGAUUGAAGAGUUCCUGAAUGAGGCAGCCUGCAUGAAAGAUUUCAACCACCUUAAUGUCAUCAAACUGCUCGGUGUGUGCUUGGAAGUAGGCGCGGGACAUUUUCCCAAGCCCAUGGUCAUCCUGCCAUUCAUGAAAUACGGAGAUCUUCAUAGCUUCCUGCUGCGCUCACGCCUGGGAGACAGUCCAAUGUUCUUACCCACUCAGACACUCCUGAAGUUCAUGGUUGACAUUGCUUUGGGUAUGGAGUAUCUUAGUGGUCGUAACUUUCUGCAUCGUGACUUGGCGGCUCGCAACUGCAUGCUGCGUGAUGACAUGACAGUGUGUGUAGCAGACUUCGGGUUAUCUAAGAAGAUCUACAGCGGAGAUUAUUACAGGCAGGGCAGAAUAGCCAAAAUGCCUGUAAAAUGGAUUGCAGUAGAGAGUCUCGCAGAUAGAGUUUUUACUGUAAAGAGUGAUGUGUGGGCAUUUGGCGUCACCAUGUGGGAGAUCGCUACACGAGGCAUGACACCAUACCCCGGGAUCCAGAACCAUGAAAUUUAUGACUACCUUCUUGAAGGACAGAGGCUGAAGCAGCCAGGAGACUGUUUGGAUGAGCUGUAUGAGAUCAUGUACAACUGCUGGAGGGCCGAUCCGCUGGACCGACCUUUCUUUCCCCAACUGAGGGAAAUGUUGGAGAAGCUCACAGAAAAGCUCCCAGAGUCUUUCAGCAAGGAAGAUAUCAUCUAUAUUAACACCAGCUUUCCUGAAGAGGACCAUGAUGGAGAAACACUGGCACCUACAGAACAUCCUAUGUUCAACUCGUCCCCUUCCUGCAGUCAUCAGGCAGCAGAAAAUUCAGUAGUUACUGCGGACAUUCAUGGCAGCCUGGAGGAUGAGGAUGAGGAGGACGAUGAUGAUCGCUAUGUGGUGGUGAUCUCCCCUGAUCCUUCCCUGAGAUCUCCUGCAGUGUGCACUCCUCUUUUAUCAAGUGAUGCUUUAAGUCAAGCUAAUGAAGACAUGGUUACUGAUGUGACGGCUAUGGAUCACAGCUCAAAUGACACUUCUUUACUUCUGUAAAGAUUGGUACCGAGCAGAUCAAAUAAAAUGAAAUAAAACUGUCACCGUGGUUCAUCAGUACUAAACAGUAUGCCUCGUUGCACUGCGAGCACCUUGACAUUUCCUGAUGUGGACUUUCUGUAAUAUGUUUGUAAGCAGUUUAUGCUUAACAUGGCCAGCAUGCAUGUCAGUGUUAGAAUGUUGUCUACGUGUGUCAAUGUCAAAUAUGUUAAUGCACAUGUUCCAUAAGCUUAAGAUACACUGAACUGUGAAAUUGUUUACUAUAUUGAAUUUUGUGUUGCAAUGUAAAUAUAGAAAUGUACAGAACAUUUGUAAAGUGAUCUUAUGAUGUAAUAAAAUAAAUACAUGAUUCAUAGAUUAAAAUUAGAUACAUUUAAAAAGUAGAGGCUACAACAAUGGAAACAUAUUCUUUCAAAAAUAACUGCACUAAAAUAUUGAAGUUUAAAUAUAAAAUCCCACUUAGAGACUAAACUAAAAACUAGGACCAUACUCUAAAGUGCCUGGUCCAGGCAGCAUACACUCUGGACAUAGAAAUGCAAGUGUAGAUGCCGUAAAUAGUUUUGUAUUGUUAUAGCAAGGUGCUUCAUUGGAAUUGCAUGGAUCACUAUUGAGAAUUACUAAUGAAAUACAUGCACGUGUGUAAUGCACAGUAUGUAUGGGUAUGCUAUAUUAGAUGUUAAAUAUAUGUAGUGGGUAUCAUAGGGUAGUAGGCUAUAUUUGUAGAGUCAAAAGCACCAUAUGUCUCUGAAAUUUAGAGUAAAAUUGUCACAAAAUGGAAAUAUUCAGGUAAAUGCCAGCACUUAAACUGUAUUUGUGUAAAAAAUACUUUAGUAAAGAUCAUUGGAAGCUGAUAGGAGAAUCAAUGUCA